UGUACUUCUCCCCCACCCCCUUUCUUAUUUGAACCAGCCCCGUUUUCCAUCCUUCUCUCUCCCCCUCCAAGACCCCUCCCUCCCUCGACUUCAAGAUUAUUUUCCUCCCCCUUCUGAGCAUGACAGAAGCAUCCACUUUGGUGUGAUCUUUCUUCUUGGGUUUCAUAUGGUCUGUGAGUUGUAUCAUGGGUAUUCUGAGCUUCUUUUUGGCUAAUAUCCACUUAUCAGUGAGUACACCAUGUGUGGGUUUUGUGUGUGUGUGUGUGUGUGUGUGUGUGUGUGUGUGUAUGUGUGUGUAUGUGUAUGUGUAUGUGUGUCACUGGGUUACCUGACUCAGGAUAUUUUCAAGUUCCGUCUGUUUGCCUGCGGAUUUCAUGAAGUCAUUUUUUAAAAACAGCUGAGUAGUAGAUUCCAUUGUGUAGAUAUACCACAUUUUCUGUAUCCAUUCCUCUGUUAAGGGACAUCUGGUUUGUUUCCAACUUCUGGCUAUUAUAAAUAAGGCUGCUAUGAACAUAGUGGAGCACGUGUCCUUGUUAUAUGUUGGAGCAUCUUUGGAUGUAUGCCCAGGAGUGGUAUAGCUGGGCCCUCAGGUAGUGUGCUAUGUCUAAUUUUCUGAGGAACCGCCAGACUGAUUUCCAGAGUGGCUGUACCAGCUUGCAAUCCCACCAACAAUGGAGGAGUGUUCCUACAUCCUUGCCAGCAUCUGUUGACACCUAAGUUUUUGAUCUUAGCCAUUUUGACUGGUGCGAGGUGGAAUCUUAGGGUUGUUUUGAUUUGCAUUUCCCUGAUGACUAAGGAUGUUGAACAUUUCUUUAGGUGCUUCUCAGCCAUUCAGUAUCCCUCAGUUGAGAAUUCUGUUUAGCUCUGUAGCCCAUUUUUUAAUAAGGUUAUUUGGUUCUCUGGAGGAUAACUUGUUUUUUGUAUAUAUUGGAUGUAGGAUUGGUAAAGAUCUUUUCCCAAUCUGUUGGUUGUAGUUUUGUCCUUAUGACAGUGCCCUUUGCCUUACAAAUGCUUCUCAAUGUUAUGAGGUCCCAUUUCUCGAUUCUUGAUCUUAGAGCAUAAGCCAUUGCAUUCUGUUCAGAAAAAUUUCCCCUGUGCCAAUGUGUUCAAAGUUCUUUCCCACUUUCUCUUCUAUUAGAUUCAUCAUAUCUUGUUUUAUAAUGUGGAGGUCAUUGAUCCACUUGGACUUGAGCUUUGGACAAGGAGAUAAAAAUAGGUCAAUUUACAUUCUUCUACAUGCCAACUGCAGGUUGAACCAGCACCAUUUGUUGAAAAUGCUGUCUUUUUUCCACUGAAUAAUUUUGGCUCCUUUGUCAAAGAUUAAGUGACCAAAGGUGUGUGUGUUCAUUUCUGGGUCUUCAAUUCUAUUCCAUUGAUCUACCUGCCUGUCUCUGUACUAAUACCAUGCGGUUUUUAUCACUAUUGCUCUGUAGUAUAGCUUGAGGUCAAGGAUGGUGAUUUUCCCAUGAAUUCUUUUAUUGUUGAGGUUUUUUGUUAUUCCAAAUUAAUUUGCAAAUUGUUCUAACUCUAUUAAGAAUUGAGUUGGAAUUUUGAUGGGGAUUGCACUGAAUCUGUAGAUUGCUUUUGAUAAGAUGGCCAAUUUUACUAUAUUAAUUCUGCCAAUCCAUGAGCAUGGGAGAUCUUUCCAUCUUCUGAGAUCUUCCUCAAUUUCUUUCUUUGAGACUUUAGGUUCUUGUCGUACAGAUCUUUCACUUGCUUGGUUAGAGUCAUACCAGGAUAUUUUUAUAUUAUUUGUGACUAUUGUGAAGUGUCGUUUCCCUAAUUUCUUUCUCAGCCUGUUUAUCCUUUGAGUAGGCUACUGAUUUUUUGAGUUAAUUUUAUAUCCAGUCACUUUGCUGAUGUUUACCAGGUUUAGGAGUUCUCUUGUGGAUUUUUUAGGUCACUUAUGUAUGCUAUCAUAUCAUCUGCAAAUAGUGAUAUCUUUACUUCCUCCGUUCUAAUUUGUCUCCCUUUGAUCUCCUUUCGUUACUCUGGUAGGACUUCGAGUACUAUAUUGAAUAGAUAGGGGGAGAGUGGGCAGCCUUUUCUUGUCCCUGAUUUUAGUGGGAUUGCUUCAAGUUUCUCUCCAUUUAGUUUGAAGUUGGCUAUUGGCUUGCUGUAUAUUGGCUUUUACUGUGUUUAGGUAUGGACUUUGAAUUCCUGUCUCAGGCUGGUCCGUGGUUCCUGUGUCCCAUGGGGUCCAAUUGUGUCCCCACUUGGGCCAGGUUUUGGAGCAGUAGUGGUGGUCUCAGCUGUGAUCUUAUGUGUGUCAGCAGCCCUGGGAGACCAGCUCUCUCCAGGUGGGAUUUGGGUGUGGAGAGCUGUGGCACAGGGUCAGCCCUGGGGUGCCGAUCAUCAGCUUUUAUAACUAAUAUUGAUUACAAAAACAAUCUCAGGUUCAAAGCAGACUUUCAUUGAAAUCCAUUCUUAGGGAACUGUAGGUAAUUUAGGUAAAGGCAGGUCUUGCCUUGUGUGCGGCUCAACAAAAUCAUCUGCAUGGAUGAAGUGGCAGUGCAGCUGCCGCUAUAGCCCGUGGAGGGCACACAUAAGCCAGGGCAGAGCUCUCCCUGAGUGAAAUGUUCUUGAGAAGGUAACAGAGGAUUCCGUUUUCAUCGCCUAACUUCCUUACAACAUCUCGAUGCUCACAAGUUCAUUUUUCUCUUGUUCUUCUUUUUGAUGUAGCAUCAUGAUUCUUUGAUGUUGACAGCUGUCAAUCCCAUGCAGGCCCAACAAAAUCACUCAGCAGCUCUUUUUGUCUGGGGCUGGUCCACAUGCUUUAUUCCUAUAGACCAGAGAGUCCAAGACCACAUUUGCCCGGACGUGUGAGCAGUGGAGGCCUCGUGCCAUACACGCAGAGAGCUUACAUACUGAGGCUGACCGUGGGGGUUUCUGUUGCUGUGACGACCAGAAGGCAACUUGUGGAGGGCGGGGUUUAUUUGGCUUACACUUCCACAUCACUGUGCAUCACUGGAGGAAAACAGGACAGGAACUCAAGCAGGGCAGAAUCCUGGAGGUAGGAGCUGAUGCAGAGGCCAUAGGGAGUACUACCUAUUGGUUUGCUCCCCAUGGCUUGCUUGGCCUUCUUUUUUUUUUUUUUCUUCUUUUCUUUUUUUCGGAGCUGGGGACCGAAACCAGGGCCUUGUGCUUGCUAGGCAAGCGCUCUACCACGGAGCUAAAUCCCCAACCCCUUGGCCUUCUUAUAGAACCCAUGACCACCGUCCUAGGGAUGGCACCACCCACCAUGGGCCUGGCCCUUUCUUAUUGAUCACUAAUUGAGAAAAUGCCUUACAGCUGGAUCUCAUGGAAGCAUUUCCUCAAGAGAGGCUCUUUCUCUGUGAUGACUCUAGCUUGUGUCAAGUUAGCCCACAAAAUCAGCCAAUACAAUGGAUGUGUAAGUUAGGAUAAAGGUCAGUUUGUACUGGUGGUGUUCAAACUGUGGAACUGUGAACAGGCUCUUUCCCAUCUGACCACAUUCUCCGCUUUCUGAACUGACCCAUGACGGGUAGCAGCAGAGUAUUCUGUUUUAGCUCCAGUUCUGAAAGCUGCUCUCCUCCCCAGCCAGACCUCCACUGUUCUUGCACUCAGCUCUCACAGCACCAUUAGCUACUCCUCUCCAACUCCAGACAGGAGCUUUAGUCCACAUAAACACAUACCAGCAGUAAAGGCAAAAGGAACUAUGUAGAAACACGGUGUGGAGGUGGUGUGAGUGCCUUUUGUAACGUUGUCGACUGUGGUACGAAAGCAAAGCACUGUGACCCACCCCAUCUCCUGCUCUUCUCUUUUCCAGCUGGGGUCUAAACCAACACACCACACUCCGACUCUUACACAGGCCGUCUUUCCUCACAGCCUAGGCUGGCUCAGGCUCAGCGCCUGUACUGCCUCAGUCUCCCAGGCUCUGGCAAGUGCACGCCUUUACAACAGCAUAGAAAGUCCCUUAAUGGGUCUACAGUGUAAGACGGUGUGAUUUAUGACACAUGUUAAAGGAGGAAGGACAGAAACAGACACGUAUGCACAGAAGUUUUACUACUGAAAAUUGAUUGUGUACUAGUCAAAAAAUAAAACUUCGUAUUUCAAAAUCCAAGUUAUAAUCUUAAAGCCAACCACUGAACAGUAACUAGUAAUACAAAGAAAUGACCAAGAAAUUGAAACAGUAUAUUAGACCGUGCUUAACACAAAACAUGGCAGUAAUGAAGUAUUGGGGCUUAAUCCAAGAGAGCAUUAAAAUAAUGAAAAACACGAUUACACAACCCAAGGGCUUUCCCUUGGAAGGAGCCACAGAACUGGCAGAGAGAAAUGGUCCGGCUUAAUGCUGUACACACGAGAUACACUUAAGUCUUCCUUUUUCUUCUUUUUGUUACGAGAGUUGGAGAUCAAAGGCUGUGCUUGCUCGGCAAGCACUCCUGAGGCAGACUUUGGCUUAAAAGACGUAAUGUGCUGAACGCUGGGUUUUGGAAGAGGCAUACGCAGACAGUAUUGAAAGCAGCUGAAUGCCAGCACUGAAUAGAGUUUGGGGUCAGGCGUGUAAAGAAGUGUCAUAAUGACAAACAGGUGGAUCUGAAGAGACCCUCUGACCCCUGGCAACAGCAAGGAAACUCAGGAAGGACCAACAGAACAGCAAGGGCAAGUGGGGAGUUUGACAUAGUUGGCAACAUGAAUCCGUCCUUUAGCGUCUGUGUCCCCAAGAGUGGGAUGGUGGUGAGCGCCUCCUCCAUAGGGCUGCCGUGAGGGGCAGCCUGUCAUAUAAAAGGUACACAUGGUUCACACUGCCACCAUUCACUUAUCAUCAGCACUGCCCCCGUUCGACAGAGCAGGAAGUUGAGGCCUAGGUAGGGACAGUUGGUUUCGAGGCCAGAAUUCAAAGCUAGAUCUGGUUUCGGAAUCACUGACUGUUGUGUCCUGCCUAAGCUUGUGCGUUUGUGUUUCAGGCAGCUGUGUCUGAGGCGAUGGGCCCCCUGCAAGGCCCUCCCAGUGGUCCUGGGCACGCAGACUUGGAGGCAGUACUAUUUCUGCCGGUCUGAGCUUGAGUUCCGUGUGAAAUCUGGGCGGCCACAGGACUUCAUCUGCAAAGCUAUUUCUGGGCACACAGGUAUGGGCUGGAGAGUGUAGGAGCCAUGUCCACUCCCACCGAUCCCCCUCUUCCUGAUCAAGUCUUGGGGUACUUGGCAUCCCAGCUGAUGCCAGUUGAUGAAUGCAGGUCUAUCAUAUCAUAGGGGGAAAGAAUAAGUUGCUAUCUCCAUUUCUAAAUUGUCUAAAACGGCAAGACGGGCCUCGGUAGGCUCUGCUCUUGGGAGUGCUCACCCACCAGCUGAGUGGCUAUAAUGGGAAAAGAGGAACACAUGUGUGUCAGAUCCAUCUCUGCCUGUGCUCUCUUCCAGGAACGAUAGAUCAGCUGGCCUACGUCUCACCCCACGAGUACCGCUUUGAUGAAAAGGCAAGGUCCGUGGUUUGCACUGUGUCUUCAGACUGUACGGUGCGUGCCUGGGAUCUGCAGGAGGUGAGCUGCACCCUGGGGAGGGACGUUUGGGGUGAUUCUCUUAAUGCAGGGCAGGUGUCCCAUUUUGCAGAUGAGACAUCUGAGCUGUGCCUUCGGCUGUCACCAGUAGGACAAACUGAUAACAAGCACAGCCAGGGGACUUUGGAAACUUGAGUGUGACCUAUUUUGUGUGACACAUGCUUGGCUUCCCUCUUGAGACCAGACUUUGCUGAUGGUGAUGGGGGCUCUUGUGGCCUGUGCCUGGGAUGACAGCUGCUUUGCCAUUCCUUACUUCACAGCAAACCACACAGUCACGGUCCUCCAUGCUGGAACUCAUGUUGACACCAGGAGGUUCUGCAAGAAGACAGCUUUUGGUCAGCCCUUUGUGUGUGCGUGAGCGCAUGCCAGCCUGGACAACUUGCCUAGAAUUUUGAACCUUGUCAGUACUUGUGCAGAUGUAAAAUCUGAAGUGUUAGAUGGAAUAUAAAACAAAAGCAUCCACACUAACGGCAGCUUGCCCCGGCAGACGGCCUCUGCUGAGAGAGCGCAUUCUUCCCUUUCCUCCUGUCUCAUUGAACCCCAUCGAUGGCUGUCACCACGGGCGCCUCCAAAUUCCUGUGGCUGCUUGGGAUGCACCCUUGCACACUAAGCUCUGUUGCUCCUUUCUCUGGAACUCAGUUGAGUCGCAUGAAGGAAAACACCACACAAUCUUACUUUAGAACCAACAGGGCACAGAGAUGUGGUCGAGCCCUGUGCAGCCUGCCCCUCUGGUGAAUUUGGUGGCCUACCCUCAGCUGCAGCUGGUUGUCACUGUGGAUACACAGGGCCUGAUCCGGGGGUGGAACACAGACACAGGGUCUGAAUGGGCCUUCUUCAGCUUACCCACUUCCUGUUCUUCAAUGGAGGCCUGCGACCACCCAGAGGGCUCCUUCCUGCUGGUAGCCUGUGCUGAAGGGACCCUCUACACCAUGACGGUACCUCAGUUGCAAGUCGUCUUCAGAGUGGCCACAUUUCCUCACACCCCUGUAAGCCUCAUGUGCUCACCUGACAAACAGUGGGUACUUGUGUCUGCACAAGACUCCGACUUAGGCCCAAAGGUGUUCUACACUCAGCCCUUGCUACACCCAUCAGAAGACAGACUUCCUGCCUCUGCUACCCUCCCCAUCAGGCUGAGCUCCAGAGCAUGCUGGGCUCCAGAUGAGGCGGCCAGGCUCAUGGUGACACACAGAGAUGACAGUGGCGUCCAUCUGGUUAUCACUACCUUCGAGUUAAAGGCCAACAAGUCCAGGGACAGAGUGAGCAUCCUGGCACAGCAGCUGGCCAGCUUCCCCCUGCCAGACACCAUGACUCCUCACCUCAUGCAGGGCCACGGCUCCCAAGUGAUCCUGCUCACCUCUGGGUCAGAGCUGGUGCUGUUCAACAUUCACGGCCUGCAGCUGAUGGCCUUCCAGGACCACCAGAAGCCCAUCACGUCUGUGUGGGUGGAUCCAGACCGUGUCAUCACUGCUGCCUUGGACCUGUCCUUGUGUGUCUACGUGUGGAAUAAGGAGAACACAUCUCCCAUUCUCAAGAGCUGUUAUCAUUUGCUCGGGGGAUCUCACAGAUGGGCCAGUGGAUUCACCCACGUGAAAAGCGACAGCAGGAGCAUUGCUGGGGUGGAAGCCAGAAGCACUGGAACAAGUAUUCUGAGGUCAUAUUGCUACAAGGUUCAGCUUGGGUAGGCGCCACCAGUUGAAGAUGCUCUUGCUUGGUGUGCAGAGUCCUUACCAAAGAUGUUGUUGGCUCUAGGGAAAGAACUAGCAAGGUGCCCGCUGCCUUCUCACAGUGAGCCAGUCAAGUAGUUUCUAUUGUCUUAGGCUUCCCUGUCCUGCUCAGAGAAGCACGGGAGAAUCAGCACCAUCUCCAGUCACAGAGUGGACCGCUUAUGGUAGUGAUAAUUAAUGGCCUGCUUGUUUGCAGCGUCCAGAUGGCCAUAGAGCUGCUUUUGUUAUCAAGAAUGUAAUUAAAAUAUUUUUAUCUGCCUGUGCUGUA